UCUUUUGUUUUUAUGGGUCGAUGUCUAUUUCUUUAUGUUAGUUCUUUUGAUUUCUUGAACUGGGUUUGGUUUUCUAAUUAUAAACAAUUCAAAAUUUAAAGCAAGUUUACAAUUAUUUUUUUUAGUGUGUGUGUGCCCUGUUCUUUCUUAUUGAAUUGCAAAUUGUUCAUGAUUUUUGGUAGAAUAGAUUGCGUGAUUUAUUCCAAGUUUGAUCAUAGUUUUACCAUAUAUAAAUAGGUUCUAAAAAAUGGGUUCCUAAAUUCAUUAUGAAAUUCAUCCUACAAUUGUAUGAAACCCAGCUUGGAUAACGGUAGUUGCAAUAGCGUAAAUCUAUCUUAAUUCAGUUUCCAAUUAUAGUCUACUUCGAAUUUUCAAAUUAGUGAAAGUAAGUUUCUGUUCUUUUAUUUCAUAUUUUGACGUCUGUGAAAUAAAUAAAAUUUUACUGUCGUCUGUUAGAGGAUACCUUGACUGUUUUUGUUUCUUUGACUUACUGGUAGGAACUAAAACUGAGUCAAUAACUGAUGAGUUUCAUCGGGUUUGGGAACUUGUUAUUUGCGCUUUGUCAAAUCGGUGUGCCUGUUCACUCUCGAAGAUAGUUGCUGCAACACUCCUCUAGGACCUUUAAUCUGCGAAGUUUUUUCUUAUGUAAUCGGGAAUAACAUGGGCAGAUGAUACUUAAUGCCUUAAGGACUUGGACUGAUGCCACUUUCAAUUGGUACUGUCAAGAGAUCGUAACUAUUAGUUAAAACUUAGAUAGCCGGUACAUUGAAAGAAUUUAAUGGCAGGCAAUGGCCUGCCAUCUCUGGGUCGUGUAAAGCUUACUGAUCUCAUACCCUCUGAAGGCCUUCCUUCAGAUUCAUACAAGCUAUCAGUUUCUACUUUGUCACAGUCAUUUGCUCAAUAUUCUGCUGCCAUCAUUCAGUUUCCAGCUAGUGAUGGAGCUCUUUUAAGAUCUGGUUUAGAUUCUGCUCGCCUUUACUUCCAACAAAGGGCGGCAUACCCAUCUGCAGAUAUGAUUCACACUAAUGAUUCUCGUGAGUGGUGUAAAACGUCUGGUUACUAUGCUGAUCCCCAACUAUGGCAGGAAACUUAUGAUUACAGACCCGGCUUAACUCCUACAGAGCCAAGCAAUGGAAUGGAGUUUCCUCCAGGUGGGUUGCCUGACAUAUUUGCCUUGCUUGGUAAGGCAGCUCGAGAUAUACUGGAUGCCAUCAGCUAUUACUUGAACUUGCGCAGCUCUCCCUUUACUGAAAUACUUGAUAAUGUACCCUUGAGAAGCCGGGAAAUUUCUUCUUCUGUAUUGUCUGUGUGCUGUAUGGCAACUUCUUUUCAGGGGGCGCAACACCCCAAUCUGACAGCGCAGGAUGAUGGCCAAUUGAUCAUGUACCCUGACCAUGAGCACCAGGUUGAUAAAUGCUUAAUAGCUGUUGUAAAGUCAGAUAGGACUGGUUUGCAUGUAAGAGAUUUUCAUGGUCGGUGGAUUCUUGUAGAUGGGGACCUGGGUCCUCAAGAAGCUGUUGUUUAUCCUGGACUUGCACUUUAUCAAGCAACUGCAGGUUAUGUCAAUCCUGCACUGCAUAGGACAGAGAUAAUAUAUGCCGGUAACCUGUAUGGGCGAUGCUCCUUGGCUUUCAAACUCAUGCCCAAAUCUAUGACCAGUCUCAGUUGCUCAGAGAUGAAGGCAGCUGGUCAUGGAGUUGAAGCUCAGUUCCAGCUUCCAGUACCAGUGGAUGACUUCAUGCAAAGAUCUCACCCAACAGAUCAUCUCUUUAAUAGAAACACAUUCCAGAGUUUCAAUUUCCCCACAGCCCAAGAUGGAUCUAUGAAGCCCUUGAUGAGAAGGAGGAAGAAUAAUACAAGAUGCAAACCUCUGCCUCCUUCCAAAAGGUUAAGGCUUGAGGCCCAAAGAGUGCUUAAGGAACGAGUUCAGGAAAUUGCAGAUAAGAAGGGCAUCAAACUAAGGUUUUGUAACCUAAAAGAGUGUGAGAAUCACAUUCAUGCACUAGAUAGCCCUUGUGCCAAUAUUAGAAUGGAGAUUGGGUGGCCACAUGGAGUGCCAUUUGUUCAUCCCCAUGAUCUACCUAAUAAGGCCAAGAUUGGUUUUCUUGAAGCAUAUGAACCUGGUUGGACAGCAACUCAUGAUAUAGAAUUGAGCCUGACGGAACCUGGACAGGCCAGUCAACAGUCAGCAAACUGUAACUCACAGAGCCAUCAAGAGUUAAGAGCAUUGGAUGCUGCACUUAAAUGGGUUACGUUGAUUCCCCAAUUAAUUUGAAGAAUGACUAUGCAGUUUCCUAUGUGCAAUUAUCCUCAAUUGGCUUGUUACCGAUUGGUUUGCCAGAUCUCAACUCGGUGGUUUUUGUCCUCAUUAUUCUACCUUCCGUCCAGGUUAUGAGCUGCUCUACUGAAAUCCUGUAUGUUCCUGAAUUGAUUUGUAAUUCACUGGCCAAUUCUCACAGAAGGCAUAUGUUACUACACAUGUCUGCAAAUGAAUGAACAUUGUCUGCAAAAAUCACUUGGAGUUCUAAUGCAACCAUCAUCAUGAACAUGAGUUGUUUUGCCGAAAUCCCAGUCCUUCAUGAACUGAACUGGAUUUCACUGUUCAAUUACCAAACAAGGCAUCAUUAUUCAUGUCUGUAAACGAAUCAAUACAUUGUCUGUAAAUAGGCAGUUUUAGGAAUAUUCACUCUUUGGCCUUAAGGUUCUUUCUUGGCCAUUUCAUUUUGGUGUUUUAAGUUCUCUCCAAGUUCCAGGUAUCAUUUUAUAGUGAAGAAAUGGAGGAAUAACAAGGAUCAUCUCAGUUUGAUGACUUGCAGGAAGGUUGGUGAUUUAUUUCUGCACUAUACUGGGAGUUGGUGCAAUUCUUAGAGAUGGAAAUCUGCUUCAGUCAUGGAAGGUGUUAAUCAUAUAACUAAAGUAUUGGUUGUUAGAAUUUAGGAGAGAAUGGAACCGGUGACUUAGCAUUUUGGUCAAGGAAUAUCCUUUUCUUUUAUUUCAAAAAUUAUUUAAAAAAGUCCUAUGGUAUACUCUUGUGCUAUGCUGCCCCAAUCAGUUGGUUGUGGAGUCUCUAUUCCACCCAUAUAAAUCAUGAUCUUGUAAUUAACAUUUCUACUCUGCUCUUGGACAAGUUUCUUUCUCUGCUAUGAAUGUACUUAAAUUAGCCUCUUUUA